CGCCACUUAUGAGCACCCGGUUGCUCAACAAAAGGGAGUCUUGCAGGGGAGGUCGUCUGUUGCUCUGUUUGGUAUUCGUCCCCUUUAAAAACUAUGCAGCCCUAGCGGCGGUAUUAUGUGGGCUCCCUGGAAAAAGUCUGCGGAGAGGGAGAGGGGGGACGAGCCGAGCUGGAGUCGAGAGAUCAUGGCGGCACCUCUCGGACGGGACACCCUACCUGACUACUGGUCGUAUGGAGUUUGUCGAGAUGGUCGAGUCUUCUUCAUUAAUGAUAAAACUCAAAGCACUACUUGGCUACAUCCGCGCACUGGCGAACCUGUUAACUCUGGACACAUGAUACGUUCAGAUUUACCAAGAGGCUGGGAAGAGGGCUUCACGGAAGAAGGAGCCAGUUACUUCAUCAACCACAACCUGAGGGCUACAUCAUUUCGGCAUCCUGUGACUGGACAGAUUUCCCCUGAAAACAUAGAUUACACACUACAAGACAGGAUAGAAUCCCGUAUGUCCAAGUCAGCGGCCAAUCAGAGAUCAGCCAACAUGGUCACAGAGUCCUCCAAGGCUGUGACCUCAGCAGCAGUCGAUGGUUCCUCAGGGUCAAAGGGCUCCAGAGGUAUGGGGAAAGUACACAGUUUUGGCAAGAGGGAUCAUGCUAUUAAAAGAAACCUCAAUAUCCCAGUGGUGGUGAGAGGCUGGCUCUAUAAACAGGACAGCUCUGGAAUGCGACUAUGGAAACGGAAGUGGUUUGUUUUGUCCGACUACUGCUUGUUUUACUACAAAGACAGCCGAGAGGAAACAGUACUUGGCAGCAUCCCCCUGCCCAGUUAUGUCAUUUCGCCAGUUGAGCCCGAGGACCACAUAAACCGCAAAUAUGCUUUCAAGGCGAGCCAUACAGGAAUGCGCUCCUACAUUUACAAUAAGAACUCUGUGAUUGGCUCACAGGCAGAACACUGCGGGAUGCGGACAUAUUUCUUCAGUGCGGACACACAGGAGGACAUGAAUGGCUGGAUCCGGGCCAUGAACCAGGCUGCGCUGAUGCAGCAGAGUCACAUGAUAAAGAGAGAGGUGGAGAAACCAGAGAAAGCUGCACAACAGGCGGUCCCACAGACCAACCAUGUCCACAGUAACCAGAGCUCAUCUCAGCCAGAAAGUGCUCACAGGACAGACAGAGGGGAAGCUCAGAGCAAUGGUAUCAGACUGGCUCAUGGAGACGAGGUGAGGUAUGGAUUAGAGAUCCAGGGGAAACCCAGCCAGACAGCCCCACAGGAGAGAGUAGAGAGACUGUCUCCAGACGCUGUUAAUGGUGCUGCCCAUAAGAAUGGACAAAAGACUGUAAUCCAAGUGGCUCUGCCACCAGAACAAAAUGGAAAUCUUGUCUAUCAGAGGGGUUUCGUUACAAGGGCAGACACUGAGAAGCAUGUUCAGAGGAAGAACACGUUGGCUCAGGUGGAGCACUGGGUCAAAGUUCAAAAAGGAGACCCCCCGAAGAGUGCUCCCUCUGCUGAGUUCAACCUCCCUCGAUGGACUCCUCCUUUAAAGCCCAAAUCAAGUGCAGCAGAUGUCACCUAUCAGUCAUUGCCAAAGUCUCCCCGUCUACCCUGUGGCAGCAGCUCUCCUCCAGCAACAUGCAAUCUGCCCAGUGACUACAAGUACGCCCAUGACCGGCUCAGCCACUUCCGCAUGUCCACUGACGAACGAAUGGCCACCAAGGAGGGAAUGGUUUGGCAGCUGUAUGAGUGGCAGCAGCGGCAGCAGUUUCGUCACGGCAGCCCCACCGCUCCUAUUUACACUGGCCCCAACUUCACAGACUCCUCAUCGUUCAGAGUUACUGUAGAAAUGCCACGCUCCAUCUCUGUUCCUCCAUCGCCAUGUGAAGUCCCACCAUCGUCCUUCAAGCCCCUGUCCCCACGCAGGCCACACACUCCUUCAGACAGACGCACAGUAAGGCCCUUGGAUGAAUUGGCACCAGGGGACAGCACAAGAUCAAGCUCACCCGGGCAUUUUUGUGCCCAUCUUUCUCAGACUUCCCAAAUAGAGAGGAGGUCCGUGCCAGCCAUGGGCUACAUCACACACACAGUCAGUGCUCCCAGCUUGCAUGGCAAAACGCCAGAGGAGCUGACUCUGCUCCUCAUUCAGCUUCGGAGGCACCAGGCCAAGAUGGCUGGUGCGCAUAGUCCCAGCAAUGCAUUCGCUCACCUGCAGCACCACCAGCACAACGGCCUUCUAGGCCCCAGCAUGCAGGCUGAUGAUACUUACAUACAACUGAAGAAGGACCUGGAGUAUCUAGAUCUGAAGGUGGGCCCCAACAAAGUUACUGGACGUGACAGUUUAAAGAAAGAAAGACCAUCAAGGCCUGUGAAAAUAGCAGAAAGUGAUGCUGAUGUGAAGUUAAGUCGACUGUGUGAACAAGACAAGAUUCUACAGGAGCUAGAGGCUAGGAUACGCACUUUGAAAGAGGACAAGGACAAGUUAGAGUCUGUGCUGGAUGUUUCCCACCAGCAGAUGGAGGACUACAGAGAUCAGCCAGCUCAUGCUGAGAAAAUUGCCUAUCAGCAGAAAUUACUACAAGAGGACGUGGUCCAUAUCAGGGCUGAAAUAUCUCAAGUAUCCACAGAGAUGGAGAAUGCAUGGAAUGAGUACAGCCGGCUUGAGAGAGACGUGGACUGGCUGAAGUCGGCCCUGCAGGGACAGAUGAGCCGCUGUGAUCUUUCUCAGCAAGAGAAGGUCCAGAUCAGAAAGGAGCUUUGGAGGAUUGAGGAUGUUAUCGCAGGUCUCAGCAACAGUAAAGCCAACUACAAAGUCACCAUCUCCUCUGUUACCAACCCAGAGAGGAAAUUUGUGCCUUCGGUGUCAGUGUCAUCAGUGCCUUCUGUGUCUGGGAGCGCGUCUGCUAUGGAGAUGAGAUUGUCCCAGCAGCAGCAGCAGCACAGCCCCCACCUCAGUCCCAGUAGCCACACCCCCACCCUUUCCUCUAGUCUCAGCCAGCAGCCAUUACACCAUUCUACAGCUGUCAUCAGUGGGCCUAAGUGGAAUGAGGAAGAUGUGCCUCCCAGACCUCCUCUACCUCAGCUCUACAGUCCCGAUGAGCAUCCCCCUGCUGUGCCUCCCUUGCCCCGGGAGACAACAGUCAUCAGACACACCUCUGUACGUGGCCUCAAACGUCAGUCAGACGAACGUAAAAGGGACCGAGAGACUGGGCAGUACACAAACGGGGACGGCAAGGUGGAACUCAGGCCUUUCCUGAGUGAUCCAGAGCUCAUGGGAGCUGGAGAUGGCUCCAGUCACAUUAGUGUUGUAACACCUGGGCAUGACGGAGGUUACAAGACAUUACCGAGCAGAGGAACGGGUGGAUCUUCACUUAGGUUAAAUCAGUCUUCGAACAUCUCCUCAUACGUGACCCUCCGAAGAGCAACGUCAGCAGUUGGCAUAAAGGAGAGACCAAAAAGUGCCUUGGAGCGUCUGUACUCUGUGGACCCGGUGCAGCAGCAGCAGAGGGGGAAGAUGAGCGCCGAUGAGCAGCUGGAGAGGAUGAAGAGGCACCAGAAGGCCCUCGUCCGCCAGCGCAAACGCACCCUGAGUCACGGAGACCGCCACGCCGCUUCAUCGUCACGCACGUCAUCCUCACGUCCACUUUCAGCAGACUUGGGAUCAUGGAAGAGAGAGCAGGAGUUUGACCUGCAGUUACUCGAGAGGGCGGUUCAGGGGGAGGAGGCUCAGGGAGUUAGGAGUGUCCAGGGGGAGGAAAGACCUCCCGAGCACAAAGAGAGACCCCGCUCGCAUUCGGAUGAAUGGCUGACCUUCCGCUCCACGGCCACAACCCCCCCUCCCACCCAUGAGGUUGACCUGGAACCUCUGGACUAUGACCUGGACCUUAACAAAGAGCUGUCCAAACCUCAGAAAGUGUCGAUUCCAGAGCGCUACGUGGACUCGGAGCCUGAGGAGCCACUCAGUCCUCAAGAAGUGGAGGAGCGUCAUCGUAAGGUGGAGCGCAUCAAAAGCAUCUUGGCAAAGUCCAGUGUGCAAAACCUAGCACCAGCGGUGUCUGCGGAGAAGCCAGAAGAGGUGCCAGUGGCGCUCGACUCAGCUCUGCAGGAACAGGAGCGGAUCAUCACCAUGUCCUACGCUCUCGCCUCAGAGGCUUCGCUCAAGAGCAAACUUGUUGCAGUUCCUCCACAGGUUAACGUCCUAACACCUCCUCCCCCACCCCCUCCUCCACCUCCUCCUCUUCCUCCCGUUUCUCUGGCGCCUCCUUCUCCUCUGAACAACGGAAUUCACUACACAUUUGUCUAGUCAGAAACAUGAAGUAAGGCCUAAGUGCAUGCUUUGCGGUGCUAAUGCUUCUUGCUAAUUCCCCCAAAACAAGGUGUUCCUACGCGCUUCGCACCUCGCUGCAUGCUCACCGCGCCGUCGUGAUUGUCGGAAACACAUCUCCUCUAGGUUAGGGAAGCCCUGCCUCUGCUCCCAUUAUAAUCAAAACAAACAUCUGCAGGCAGUCUGCUCAUCCCACUGUGAUAAUUGUGUGUAAAUUUUUUUUUGUACCACUGCCAAAAUAUUUAUGGAUGGCUGUGCAAAGAAAGGGCUCAAACGAACACGACUGUUUGUAGCAUUGUGUAUAAUUAACAAAAGAGACACCUUUUGAUUUAGCACCUUGACAGUUCAGCAGUCAGCACAGCUGCAUUCCUCAGCACCAAUUAGCUCCCCAUCUGUAGCCUGACAGAAGAAAAUCUACAUAUGACUGUUGUUACUGUAAAUGCACAAAUAAAGCUCAUGUCAUUUCACUGCUUUAUUAAAAAAACAACAACAACAACUUCUGUCCAUCACCCAGUACUUGAUGCCACAGAUAUUUUUAUGCUAUUUCCUGUUUAAAGUUAUUUUUCCUGUACUAACCGCAUCAGCCGUCUUUUGACAAAUAGACGCACAUAAAAUAAUCAGAUCCCAAAACAGUAAAUGAACACUCGCAAUAACAAACAUGUAUAUGAACUUUAACUUGCAGAGCAAUGCAGCAUUCAUGUGGCGCUGAAAGCGUGGAAUAGUUUCUUUUCAGAACUGCACAAUGUGGAUGUGAGAUACUAUCUACUCAUGUCGCUGCAUGCUUUCUUUAUAUUCUGGGUUUGCUUUCGGAGGCGAGCUUUAAUGUGCAGUCGGGUUGGGAAAGUUAAGAAUAAUACACAUGCACGGCACUUGUUUCUUCACAAAAAAGCCCUUGCAUGUAACAGUUCACGUGUUAGUUUUAAUCUGCAUGUUGGGCAGCAUGAAGUUAUGCAUGCACCGCGGUGAAGGCCCUGUUAUUAUCUCUCUCUGACAAUACCUUUAAUGAUUGGCCUCUAACUGCCCUUUAAUAAUGUGCAGGUAUGUUAUAGCUUUAAAAAGCUACUUUUUAAGAAGAGACUGUUAAGUAACCCCACCCCAACAUAAAAAACUGAAAAAAACUGUAACAUUAUCUCAUUUUGUAGUUUUUUUGUUUUUAUUGUGUUUCUGAUAUUUACUUUCCUUGUGCUUACUUUUUCCUCUCUCUCAUCACUUCCCAGCUCAAGCAAUUUCUGGACACUGAGGUGCUAUUUCACACUGACAACAAUCCACUGGGUUUUCAAAGAAAAGAGGAUUUUUGUUUGAUUCGGGACAUUUUUAUAUGCAGCAACAGAAAAACGGUAGCGACGCCUUGACCUUGCUCUCUGAGGUGUAUGCAGCAACAACUAACUGAGGUGUUUCAAAGCUGCUGAAAGCAACUUUCUGUAGAAAACCUGAGGACUUCGCUGUGGGAGCGGCUGUGCUUAUCAAAUAUGGAAAUGUCUAAAAAAAAUGUUAAUCUCAUAAUAGUAAAAUGACAUUUUCUACAAGUUAUCGCACUUUUAACUGUGCACUGUAUCAUAUUUUCAAGACAUGACUGAAUUGCUUUCUUCUUGCAGUAUGAUCGUAACUGGAAAACUCAAAUGGUAUGUGAAGAGCGAGAAGGUACUAAAUGCGUCACGAUGAUAGUAUUUUUGUCAACACUCAGAUAAUAUUCUUAAACCAAACCACUUGAUAUCUCAUAUGUAUGUACUUGUAGCACUGCCAGUCUCCUUUAGGCUUGCCAAAAUAAAUUUUAUUUUUGCUUACAUCAGGAUGAAAAUAACCUCGAACAUAUUUUUUGUGUGACUUGAGAAGGUCGAGCAAUGGAAGUUUAUAAAAAAAUGUGAAUAUUAAAGUUAU